UAAGGGGACUCUUCCGUUGGACCAGUUGUGCAUGCUUCCUUCUUGUUUUGUCCACAACCUCUAGUGCUUUUCUCUUCCUCUUCCUCUUCCUCUUGCUGCUGCUUCCAGGGGGAGAAGAGAGAAUCUCUUGAGCCGAUCAUCCGAUGGUGGCCAUUGUUACCGAGGCAUGGGCGCUUGCCGGCUGUGCUACUGCGCCCAAGGCGGCGGCGCAGGAGUCGCCGGUGCAGCAGCAUCCUCUUGCAGCAGCCAAGGCCAAGAAAGCCGUGCCGUUGCGAGGCGUCAGCAGCAUCAGGUGCCAAGACCGGCGUGAGGUCGUCGUCGUCGGCAGGCGGAGCAGCCUGGCGUCGUACGUGCUCGCCGCCCUCGCCGCGUGGUUCUCCCCACUUGCCGCCGCCGACCGCGCGGCGCAGGCCCUUGUCCUGGAGGCGGACGAUGACAUCGAGCUGCUGGAGCGCGUGAAGGAGGACAGGAAGAAGCGGCUGCAGAAGCAAGGCGUCAUCAGCUCCUCAGGCACCGAGACAGGGUACUUGCAGGACCUCAUCUACAAGCUGAGCAAGGUCGGGCAGGCCAUUGACAAGGACGAUCUCCCUGCUGCAGGCAGUGUUCUCGGCCCAAGUUCUGAUGCCCAGUGGGUGCAGGACAUCAAUGCAGCUUUCUCCAAGUUCAGCUCAAGCCCAGAGGAGAGGAACGUGGUUGAUAGCUUCAACUCCUCGUUGGCCUCAUUGUUUACAUCAGUGAACAAGCGUGAUGCUGAAUCCUCCAAGUCGGCGUUUGUAUCCUCUGCGACAGCGUUGGAGAAAUGGAUAGCGUUAGCCGGAUUGGGUGGCCAGCUCAAAGGCUACUGAGACGAAUGAAUUGGCUGACGGCUAGCUGGACGUUCUCUUCCUUGAAGCACCGGCUGUAAUCACAAGAUAUUUAUGGAUCCAGCAUUUGUGAAUCUUCUCAAUGUUAGAAUUAUAGGGGUCUAUAUAAUUUAAAUCUCAUAUAAUAGAGGUAAGGAUUUUUCUCCUUAUAUAUAUUUAAAAACCUUAUUUUAUUGGA